AUGCCUCGUGGUCAUAAGAGCAAGCUCCGUGCUCGGGAGAAACACCGCCAAAACAGAGCUGAGAAACAAGGUGAUAAGAGUGCUCAGGCCCCUGUAGGAGAGGAAGGAGAGGCCGCUUGCUCCUCUUCCAUUUUGGGGGAUGGUCCCUCAACCUCCACUGGUGCUGGCACUCUCCAGGCACCUCCAGGUGCCCCAGCCACCACCCGUGAUGCUGCAGGUGCUUCAGGUGAAAGAUCUGCUGUAAAAGCCAAAGGCCAGGUUCAGAAAAGUAAAAAAUCCUCCCAGGCCUCAACCUCCGCUGAGAGCUCUGGCCAAGAUCUUCUAACUCAGAAGGCAAAUUUGUUGGUUCAUUACAUGCUGUGUCAAUAUAAAAAGAAGGAGCCCAUUAAAAAGGGAGACAUGCUGAAGAUCAUCCACAAGUGGUUCAGGAAGGACUUCCCUGAGAUCCUCAGGAGAGCCUCUGAGCGCAUGGAUCGGUUCUUUGGCCUGGAAUUGAAAGAAGUCAAGCCCAAUGGUAAUUACUACACCCUUGUCGACAAUGAAGAUGAGAGUCUGAGCAGCGGCUUCAGAUUUCCUACCAAAGGGAUUCUGAUGCCUGUCCUGGGUUUUAUCUUGUUGAAUGACAACUGUGCCCCUGAGGAGGAGAUCUGGGAAUUCCUGAAUAUGAUGAGUGUCUAUGAUGGAAAGACUCACUUCAUUUUUGGGGAGCCCAGGAAGCUUAUCACCCAAGAUUUAGUGCAAGAAAAAUACCUGGUGUACCAGCCGGUGCCCAACAGUGAUCCUCCACGCUAUGAGUUCCUGUGGGGUCCAAGAGCCCACGCUGAGACCAGCAAGAAGAAAAUCCUCGAGUUUUUCUCCCUGCUCAAUAAUAAUAUCCGCACUGCCUUGGCAUCCCAUUUUGAAAGGGCUUUGAAAGAAGAAGAUGAGAGAGCCCAAGCCAGAGCCCAAGCUGCACUCAUGGCUGCCACUCCUCCCGAGGCCAGUGGGUGCUCUGGGGCCACAUCCAGCCACUAA